CUACCUUACUUUGUAACGAGAUUCAUCUCUUCCUCCUUUAUCCUCUCCCCUCUCCCAUCACGCAUCAUCACCAUGCUUAGAUCUCUCAGCCGCGCUGCUCGCCCCGCUGCCAUCGCCUUGGCUCGCAGCUCCCCCGUGGUUCGCGCCAAUGUCGGUGCCUUCUCUGCCAUCCGCAACUAUGCCACCGCCAAGCCUGCCACUUCUGAGGUCACCUCGAUCCUUGAGGAUCGCAUCAACGGCCUCAACUCAUCCGUCGAUAUCCAGGAGACCGGUCGUGUCUUGUCCAUUGGAGACGGUAUUGCCCGUGUUUAUGGUUUGAAGAACUGCCAGGCCGAGGAGAUGGUUGAAUUCUCCAGCGGUGUCAAGGGUAUGGCCAUGAACUUGGAAGCCGACAACGUCGGUAUUGUCGUCUUCGGUAACGAUCGUCUCAUUCGUGAGGGUGAUACCGUCAAGCGUACUGGUAACAUUGUUGAUCUUCCCGUCGGUGAGGCUCUUUUGGGCCGUGUCAUUGAUGCUCUCGGUAACCCCAUCGAUGGCAAGGGUCCCAUUGCCGCUACUGAGCGUCGCCGUGCUCAGGUCAAGGCCCCCGGUAUUCUCCCUCGUGAGUCCGUCCGUGAGCCUAUGUUGACUGGUAUCAAGUGUAUUGACUCCAUGGUCCCUGUCGGACGUGGUCAGCGUGAGUUGAUUAUUGGAGAUCGUCAGACCGGAAAGACCUCUGUUGCUUUGGAUACCAUCCUUAACCAGAAGAAGUGGAACGACGGCACUGAUGAAGUCAAGAAGUUGUACUGUGUGUACGUCGCUGUCGGUCAGAAGCGUUCCACUGUCGCCCAGUUCGUCCAGACCCUUGAGGAGAAUGAUGCCAUGAAGUACUCUGUUGUCGUUGCUGCCACUGCCUCUGAGGCUGCUCCUCUUCAGUACCUCGCUCCUUUCUCUGGAUGCGCUGUCGGAGAGUACUUCCGUGAUAACGGCAAGCACUCCUUGAUCGUUUUCGAUGAUCUUUCCAAGCAGGCCGUUGCUUACCGUCAGAUGUCUCUUUUGCUUCGUCGUCCCCCAGGUCGUGAGGCCUACCCCGGAGAUGUCUUCUAUCUUCACUCCCGUCUUUUGGAGCGUUCUGCCAAGAUGAACCGCAAGCUCGGUGGUGGUUCCAUGACUGCCCUUCCCAUUAUUGAGACUCAGGGAGGAGAUGUGUCUGCUUACAUUCCCACCAAUGUCAUUUCCAUUACUGAUGGACAGAUCUUCUUGGAGGCUGAGUUGUUCUUCAAGGGUAUCCGUCCCGCCAUUAACGUCGGUCUUUCCGUCUCCCGUGUCGGAUCUCACGCUCAGACCAAGUCCAUGAAGAAGAUUGCUGGUUCCAUGAAGUUGUACCUUGCUCAAUAUCGUGAGGUCGCUGCCUUCGCCCAGUUUGGUUCCGAUUUGGAUGCUUCCACCCAGUUCUUGUUGAACCGUGGUGCCCGUCUUACAGAGUUGCUCAAGCAGCCUCAGUACAAGCCUCUCCCUGUUGAGCACCAGGUCGCUAUCGUCUUUGCUGGUGUCAAUGGUUUCCUUGACAAGAUCCCUGUCAACCGUGUUGGCGAGUACGAGCGUCAGUUCAUUCCUCAUUUGGUCUCUAACCACAAGGAUCUCCUCGAGGAGAUCCGCAAGUCUGGUGAUCUGAGCGCCGAGUCCUUCGCCAAGCUUAAGGAUAUUACCACUGAGUUCACCAAGAACUUUUAAGUAACGCAAAGAAAAGAAGAAAACAAAGAGAAAUACAUCUAUCUGUUCAAUAAAUUCAUCCGUUUUUUUUACCUCUCUUUCAAUAUCAACCUCUUUUUUUUUGUUCACCGCUAUAAGAAAGAAAAGAAAAAAGGAUAGAGCCUCAACUCUGAGUGUGUUGAGUGCAUAAGAGAGAA